CUCUCCUUUGACUCGCAGAGGCGGCUCACCACUGGGCGCACGGACCGUGGAGAGGAGGAUAACCGGGCAGAAAGAUGGCUGACUUAGCCGGGCGCAGAGAGCCCUCGGCGGCAUCACCAGCAGCGUCACACGGGCCGCCGGAGAAAAGCUGCAAGAAGACCCGUCUUACCGUCUGGCGACUGUAAACCUCUCUCUCUCUUUCUCUCCUCUCCUCUCUCUCUCUCUCUCUCUCUCACCCCUCCUCACCGCAAAUAUUGACAGAAGUAUCUCAGAGGAAACAUGGCAGAGAUGGAAAAAGAGGGCAGACCUCCGGAAAAUAAAAGAAGCCGAAAACCAGCUCACCCGGUGAAAAGGGAAAUAAAUGAAGAGAUGAAGAGUUUUGCAGAGAACACCAUGAACGAGCUGCUGGGCUGGUACGGCUAUGACAAGGUGGAGCUGAGAGACUCUGACAACCUGGACAUAGGGGAGACGCCACAGCACAUCUCUGUCCUCAAAGAAAACUUGUUGCCAAAAAUCCCAGCUUCAACGGAGAGCGGCGAUGGCUCUCCGGAUCGAGCCAACAGCUCCCAGUCUCUGCCAGCCUCCAGGAAUGGAGUCACAGAGUCCUCCACCACGCCGUCCACCUCCAUGCCCGGCACCAAGGAGCAUGGCAACCUGCCCAUCAUAGUCCCCAUGAUCCCCCCGCCACUGAUCAAGCCCCCUGCAGAUGAAGACGCAUCCAACGUGCAGAUCAUGUGCGCCUGGUGCCAGAAGGUCGGCGUCAAACGCUAUUCUCUGAGCAUGGGGAGCGAGCUGAAGAGCUUCUGCAGUGAGAAGUGCUUCGCCGCCUGCCGCAGGGCCUAUUUUAAGAGAAACAAGCUGGGAUAUAUAAGGAAUUACGCUGCGAGAGACGACGAUGGCCUCGGUGGGAAAUUACCCCAGCACAGCUUUACUCAGGACACGCCCAGGCUUGUCUUCAAGACAAACAGCGAUGUGCUUGUGUGUGACUGGUGCAAACACAUUCGCCACACUAAGGAGUACCUGGACUUUGGUGCCGGUGAGCGGAGGCUGCAGUUCUGCAGUGCCAAAUGCCUGAACCAAUAUAAGAUGGACAUUUUCUACAAGGAGACCCAGGCUGCACUGCCUGGAGGGCUGUGUAACCCAGGACACGGGAUGGGUGGGGAGGGUAAGAUGGAGUGCAGCGGAGGGGUACAGCUGCUCACUCCUGAAUCCUGGGGGACGCCGUUAACGGACCUGCGGCGUAAAGCUCCCUCGCCGGGGGGACCUUCCUCCGCAUUGGCUCCUUGCACUUCUUCUGCCACCUCACCCUCUGACACUGCUGCCCACUGCUCCCCGUCCUCCUCCUCCUCAGCCAAGAUCCCCACACCCAGACCCCACGAGAGCCCCAUGCCUUACCCUCCGCCUGUUCCCACUUUGCACCCACCUGUCGGGGUUCCACCUGGUAGCCCUCCCAUGGUGAUGACACCCCGGGGGCCCAUGCCCCUGCCGCUGUUCAUGGAGCAUCAAAUGAUGCAGCAGAUGCGUCCACCAUAUCUUCGGCCGUCUGGCCACCCAGGGGGGCCUCAUAGCCCCCUGUCAAACCCUAUCAUCCCUGGUAUUGGUCCACCACCUCCCCCCAGGACCAUGGGUUCAGCAUCAAGCCCCAUGCACAGGCCCAUGCUGUCUCCACAUGUCCACCCCUCAUCCAAUCCCAACCCUGGCAUGAUGCCCCCCCACCCAGGUCUCCACAUGCCAGGCAUGCCCCCUUUCCCCCCAGUCAACAUGAUGCCCAAUGGGCGCAUUCCUAUGCCCCCAAUGAUGAACUUUGGCAUGCCGUCCCUGGCCCCAUUGGUACCCCCAGCAACUCUUUUAGUCCCUUACCCUGUCAUUGUACCCCUCCCAGUCCCAAUCCCUAUUCCAAUCCCAAUUCCCUACAACCCCAAAACGUACAGGGACCAGCCGGAGAGCAGUGGCGCCUUCCGCAGUGCUCCGGAGUCCUCCGAAGCUUCAGCUUCUUGGCUCCACUCUCCGGGUUCCUCUGGAGGUGACAGAGGGGAGCAGAAAGUUGAGCCAACCGGUGCAGAGCGUCUCUCUCCUGUACGCUCGGAGAGAAGCAGGACAGCACUGGUGGACUUGACUGUGAAGGCAGAGGACAAUUCGGGCAACCCGUGUCUAACCAGCAGCCCCGGACCGAUGGACGGGGUGAUUGAUCUAACUGUGGGCCAGAGGCCAUGCCAACAGCAGGUAAUUCAGAGGAUGCUACCUGGGGUACAGGUCAAAGUAGAGGCAGAGGCUGAAUCAAGAUCUCCACCAGCUGCUGGGCUGAGUUGGGAAGGGAAGGGCAGUCUUGAUGGGCUGGAAGGGGCCCUCUCACAGGGCCUCCUCAGUGCUGCGGAGCUGGAAGGGGCCACACACCCAAACACACUGGAAUCAUCAGGCCCUCCCUCCAGCAACAGUAGCCCUUCUUGCCAUGAUGAUCCUCCAGUGAGCCAGCUAAAUCCCUGCAUCUCUAACUGUAACCCACCACCCUUGCCCAGCACAGCACGGACCCAGCCCCAACCCCUGCCCCACCUCCAAACUAGCCCCGCUGCCCCAUGUAAUGUCAUAGUCAAUGGCACGGGAUGGCAUUCGCUUCUCGCUCCUGCCUUCGAGUCUUACCCUGACCGAAGAGGAGACAGCGUUGCAGGAGAAGGAGAGGCAGAGGAGCAGCCAGCCAACGGCGAGCUGGAGCACGAGGCACUGAAAGAGAACAAUUGCUCAGUCGGAGAUUGGGACCCGGGGAAGCGGGGCUCGGCGCAAGACGAGAUGGCGGACGCAGUGGAGGGUAAGCCAGAUCCCGACUCCAAUAUGGAGGAAGGUGAGCACGCCUAUGCCAUGCCGCUGCUGUCUACCGGAGGCUGUGUGGUCAUCCAGCCUGUGCCAAAGCCCGGCGCCGACAAGACGGCCAUCCUGUCCUGCUCCAUCAGUGCCCCUUUAUCGGCGGACGGGAGCCCCGAGCUGGAGCCGCCGCUGAAGAGGAGGUGUCUGCGAAUCCGCAAUCAAAACAAAUGAGAUGGACGCUCUGAGGACCACAGUGCCAUCAACGACACUCACUUGUCCACCCCCCACCUCCAAAUCCCACUCCCUCCCAACUACACCACCGCACAUGCGCACACACACACACACAUACACAUACACAUUUUUCUCACUCAUCGUCCAGUCUACCAGCACCACAAAUCGCCUUCGACGACUGAUGAGAGUCCAACCAAACAUGUUGAUGUGUGUCAUAGCAGAGCGGACAGGACUCCUUGACUGAACUUCUACAGACUUGAUGUCGUGGCCAGCAGGAUCGCUUGACCUUUGAACUGCAGACAGUAUAUCCCUGCAACAGGAGGACUUUCCCCCUGCUGCUUCUCUCCUCAUUUAGACACUCUCAGCCCACACUGCCCCUUAAACCUUAUCCACCCUCCCCUAUCAAAGCAAGUGCUCUCCAUAUAGUCUGCUACUAUGGAACACACCACAGUGUUUAGUGAAGGAGCCCCAAAGAGAGAUCUCCAUCCCUCAAUGAAAUGCUCCUGCUCCAGUAAGUGUUGUUUUCUUUUUCACACAACUUGUCACUAAGGUAUAGACUGAUUUCACAAAGUUUAGAUUGUAGAGCUGGUAAAAAAAUAGCAGAAAUUCUGCUCUAUCUAACCAGCAUAAAAGAUUUACUUGCCAACCUGACACAAAGUGUUCUGGGUGAUUCCGAGGGGUGGUAGCUAUAAAGAAGCAUGAAUACAGUUAAUGCAAUAUGGCUCGAGGACAAUUCAAACAGAUAUUUCAAUCAGAGCCUGGAAAACUGUCCUUGGACACAAAAUAACCAAUUGUGUUGAGAAUUAUUCCUACCAAAUCAACAAACUGGAGAAUAAAAUAUUAACCCUCACCAGCAAGCAACGGGGUGUGGGUGGAAUCAUACAAUCUCAUGCCAUUUUUUCCUGUCGCAUCUAUUUGUUUGCUCUUAAACUUCACAGAAUUUAAUUAAGUUGUCAUGCUAAUCAUUCCUACUAUUUACGUUUUUUCACCCUGUGGAAUGCCGUCUGUGUGCUUAAACAGUAAGCAGCCAUACUAGUAACAGUAAUAGCUGCUGUUUUAGAACACUUCAAGGCGUACUGCACCUCCAAAAGAACCGGGAUGGCAUGGCAAUGUAGAGACUCUGCCAACCUGCAGCAGGCACUUGCUACCGCAGGCUUGUACACUUCAUCUUUUCUAUAAUACAUUACCAGUGAUGUUCCCGUAAUGGGCUAGUUUGAGACUGACUGCACUGAAUUUAGAGGGGGGCAGAGGGAAGACAGCUCUUUCAUAAGUAACUCUUUUGGGACCUGGAGGAACACUGUUGAAGUAGAUUUUCUACAAUAAACACACUGAAUUCAUUUUGGAAAUAAUUUGAGAAAUAUUUAAAACAAUGCCUCUUGCUUGUCCACAAGUCCUGCCAAGAUGCUUCAUUUUUUUUUGCCAAUUAUUAUUUUUUUUGAGCCAAAUUUAAAGCCAGCGUUGUCCUUGAUUCAGUGGCAUGCUCUAUGUACAGCUUUUUUUGGGUGACCCAUCCAGUUUGAUCUGAUCCAGUUACACUGCGGCUUAAGGUCCGCGAGCUGGGACAUCAAACAAAGCCAGCAUUUAGUUUACACUCCUAUGGAGGAGGUACGUUGUACCAGUGUGAGACAAGGUAUUAUCAUAUGCCAAAGGCCUCUGGUGUGUUGAAACAACAUCAUGUCACCAGUGGAAAUGGGAUUUCAAACUGAAGAUUUGACCACAUAAUUUAUAGUUGCCAAAAUAACAAGCACUUAUUGAAAAGAAAGGAAGAUACAAGAGAACAAGUGGAUGUAAAAAAAAAAAAAAACAGUAUUACCCUGUUGUCUCUCUUUAUGGUUUACUCAAUCCAUAAAGGCCAAUGAUCUGUCACAUUACGAGUAAGGUGAAAUAAAUAUAUAUAAUCUGGAAUAAAAAGACAAUGCAGGAUUUGAGUGAUCCUUAAUCACGAGUUACAAUAGAUGUGUACAUUGCUUUGCAGUCCCAUCCUACGGAAGCCCUAAGCGAACAUGAUUUUAAAAAAAAUUGGAACGUUGUCUCGACAUCACAAGUUAAUUAUGUCGUUAUCUUGAGAAAAAAAAUGUUGUUAGCUCAAGAUAACAAAAUAAUGAACUCGUUAUUACGAGUUUUCUUUUAAUACUUAUAAUGUCAAAUCAGCUGAUGGUAAAUCAAAACGGCCCAGAUCAAGCUGACAGCAUGGAUGUUCACACGAAUCCAGGGAAAUACCGGAAGUAACCAAGUACAAUUUAAAUAUAUACUCACUUGUGUUUAUUAUCUAUGCUGACCAUUAAGUUACUAUGAGCAACCACCGACGCUUUCGGCAGAAAGUCACGAUUAGCAGAUAAUAGAGUCACUACGACUUGCCACCGCAGUAAUGAUGGCGGCGCUAGAUUGCGAAACACACAAAGCGGUCACCGGAUUCGUCUAUAGAUGUAUACAUCCUUGGCUCACAGUUAAGAACUUGAGGAAGUUGGCGGAAGGAUAGACGUAUGACUACGUCAGGUUUUCAAAAUAAGGUGUUAACAAGGGUACAUAUAUAUGGAAAUAAGAUGAAUACAUUAUUAAAUUCACCAGAAGUAUAAAACCUGUGUCCCUUAUUAAUUACAUAGAAAAUACCACAAAAUUGUGAGGGCAAUGUCUUCAUUCUUUGAUUUUUGGUUGCUGGAAUUUUUUUUAGGAAUAAUUCUUGAGAAUUACUGAUGCUGUCAGCUCGAUCUGGGCUGUUAGGAUGCAUUUACCAUCGGCUUAUUUGACCCAAACAUUAUAAGUAAUAAAAGAAAACAACCUUUUGUCUUUUCAUUAUAAGUGAAUUAUCUUGUUAUGUCGAGAUAACAAAAUAAUUAACUUGUGAUCUUGUGAUAACAGUAUUCAAAAAAAAAGUUUGAAUCAUGCGCGUUCAGGGCUUCCGUACAGUUCUAUCUCACGGUUUUUCUGUAGCCUUUGUUUUCUUUGCUGUCAUGGAGUGACACUGUGUGAUUCAUGCUGAGGCCCAGCACUUGCUCAUACACACACUCACAUGUCACAAGCGUACUUACAGCACUCAUACUCAUGUCAUACACACACAAUGCACAUAGUAAAUUUAACUGUGUGUACGUGUUUGUAUGAGGCGGGUGCAAGCAGAGAACCCAGUUGAGAUUACAGAGUGUUGACUCAGAGGUAAGCAGUGUGCAACUCUAUCUGUUGCCUGUUAGUCAGGCAUUUAGGCUUAGCUUGCCGCUUGCCAAGGCCCAGCUUUGGUGUCACUUUAAGCAUUUCCUUGCCCACCCGCUUCAUUUUCUCUGCAAGCGAAGGCAGCAAAAAAAGCUCUUUUUAAGCUGCCCGUUUCCGUCUUGUCUACCUUCUGCUGCAUUGCAUUUGUCCAUAAGUAAAGAUAGUCCUUGCUGCAAUUCUUUCACAGAUAUUUCUGUAAGCACAGCAUCUCUAAAAUUACAGUUUGUAUCUGUAGAAUAGCCGGCAAUUUUCUUACCCAGAAUCCAGAAACUGGGCUGAUGUAACCAAGAAACUGAACACUGUAGUCUCUAAUGUCUGUAAUAUGGGAGUCAAACAAUGCCAAGGCCACAGGCAGGAUUUUAGAGGUCAUGAAUCCCCCCAACACAGCCCUCACCAUUUUGACCAGAAGCCAAAAAGGACUCUGAUUUUUUUAAUUAUUAUUCAGUUAUCUGUUCAAUAAUACUGUCUGUAAAUGGUAUAUUUUAUAUCAAACUUAUAACAUGCGCACUGCGUUUAUGUUUUUACAAUGUAAAGUCCCCCCAGGUUGCAAAAAUCAUACAGAGGUCAUAACCUCAGUAUCCUCAAUGGUAGCUAAACAACCCUGUACAAAACUGAGCCACUCUGAAGCAGGACAGGCUACAGUUAGCUAUUUGCAGUUGUGCAGUUAGAAGAAGACUAUUAUGUUGAGCUGAGGAGAGCAAUGCUUUCAAUAUAAUCCAUGUGUCCUGGUCAGCUCCUUUGUUUACCUGCUCCAAGUUAACACUUUAGCAUACACUGCACUGAGGCUGCUAGCAUUUUAUCCAAAACAGAAACAUUUUAAAGGAAAAGAAAGGUGUUAAGUCAGUGUUGUUACGUGACAUCAUAGACUGAUCAUUUUCUUGUCCUACUAGCAGUGCAGGUGAAUGAUGGUGGGCAGAUAGCCAUAAAGGGUACAGAGCUCAUUGAUGUUAAUCAGAGGAUGAACCCUUCUCAAUUUGGAUUCUCCAUGAGCUGUCCUCUAUAGCGCCACCUUCAGGACAAGAUAUCACUAAAUAUUUAACGCUAAUGGCCAGAUUUCAAUUAAAGGAAGAGUCCAACAUUUUGGUAAAUAUGAUUAUUUGCUUUCUUGCUGAGAGUUAAAUGUUGUAAAAUGUAAAAUUUACCAAAAUGUUGAUUCUUCCUUUAAAUUAGCUCCCGAGAGGAUAAAUGCUAAUGUUUUUGGUGACCUUUUCCUGACCCUUCCUCUCUUGCCACCAUGAGGCUAAACUUACAACUUGGUGUUCGACUACUGACUGAUCUCACAUAAUUUCUCUAAAUAAGUCAUUAUCUUUACCAGAAGUUUCAUACUGAUUUAAAAAGAUUUAAAAUAUUUCAAUUAAAGGAAGAGUUCAACAUUUUGAGAAAUGGGCUUAUUUGCUUUCUUGCUGAGAGUUAAAUGAAACGAUUGUUACCACUCUGCCAGCUGUUGGUUAGCUUAGCUCAGCAUCAAGAGUGGAAAUAUUUGGGAAAAGCUUGCUUGACUCUGUCCGAAGUUAAAAACAAAUCUGCCUACCAGCACCUCUAAAGCUUACUAAUUAACACAUUAUAUCUGUUUCCAGUCUUGAUGCUAAGCUAAGCUAAGCAAACCAGCUGCUGGCUGUAGCUUCAUAAGUGAAUUUCCCAAAAUGUUGAUUCUUCCUUUAAAUUACCUCCACAGAGGAUAAAAUGUAAUUUUUUUGGUGACCUUUUUCCCGAUCCUUCUUCCCGUGCCACCAUCAGGCUAAAUUUAGGUUACAUCUUUGGUCCAACUACUGGCCGAUCUCCCAGAAUUCCUCUAAGUAAGUCAUUAUCUUUACCAGAAGUUUCGUACUGAUUUAAAAAGGUGAAGAGGGCUUGAUUUUUGAUGAGGAACUAACCAAAAUCUUUUGUUAUGUCUGCUUUUUUCCUCCUGUUUGACACCGUUACACACACAUUCAGACACACACACAGACAAAACAACACGCAUGUUACGUCUGAACCUAAUCUGCACCGUGUUGUGUCGGCGUUGCAAACGGUAUACUGUCCACGUCUGAGACAGAUAUUGAAGAUAUGAGAGCCUAACUAUCACGUGGAAAUCCUGGACCACUGAAUCAGUCUUUGUGAUGGCAAACAGACUCGUGACAAAUCUCCAGCAUUCCUUUUUUUUGAUGAUGGACUACAGGCCUGGUCAACAGCCUGAAUUAUGCAAUGACACAACUAACUCCAACCCUAAUCUAGACGAGUGGUCCACAGACAGAAUAAAACACGACAUGACUCCAUGUUACUUUUCAAAAACAACAGAGAAGUUGCCUUAACUCUUGCUUGUAUAAUCUCUACAGUUAAGACAAUGAUGCUCGCUUGUAAAGAAGAGUCUCCCUUCUUUGUACAAAACGAAAUAUACCAGAAACAACAACUUUGUUAUCUUGCUAGUGUCAAUGUAUAGAUGAUCAGCUUUUUUCUGUAACUUGUAUGGACAGUCACAUUUUUGCUAAGAAGAAAACCCUCCUCCCUACUUCCUUGUUCCCAAACAUCCAAUCUGUUCUGUUUUAACUUGUGGUGGACUGUCAAAUCUUUUUGUGUACAUUUUAUAGUAUUAUUUAUUGUUGACAAGUUUUGCAUUUGCAAAUAAUAAAAAAAAAAAGUGAAGGUGGUUUGACCUGAGCAUUCGAUUCCAAUGUAAAUGCCUGGUGAACAGUGAAAAGCUUUUUUUUAAUUAUUAAAAUGGAGAAAACAGUGAUAUGAGGA